AUGGAGGCUUUCUCUUGGGCUGUUUUAACCCUGGCAUGCCUGGCUGCUCUAGCCCUUGUCUCAAAAAAUUUCUUCCCCCAACUCCGCAAACUGAAAUAUCCACCAGGUCCUAAACCAUGGCCUAUAAUUGGCAACCUCAACCUCAUUGGUCCUCUGCCUCAUCAAUCCUUUCACAAAUUGUCCCAAACUUAUGGACCAAUAAUGCAGCUCAAAUUUGGCUCCUACCCAGUUGUAAUUGCCUCAUCCCCAGAAAUGGCAAAACUGUUUUUAAAGAUACAUGAUCACAUAUUUGCCUCUAGACCCCAAACUGCAGCAGGCAAGUACCUCACUUAUGACCACCUCAAUGUCACUUGGGCACCUUAUGGUCCAUAUUGGCGUCAAGGACGGAAAAUCUUCCUCUCCGAGCUAUUUAGCUCAAGAAGACUGGAGUCUUUCGAGUACAUUCGGGUUGAGGAAAGUCACGCUUUUGUGUCGCGACUCUAUGCAUUGUCAGGCAAGCAAAUCAUGCUUAAAGAGCAUCUAUCACGCCUAACUCUUAGUAUUAUGAGCAGAAUUGUGUUUGGUAAGGAGUAUUUUGGCGUGUCCAAAUUUGAGAGUUCGAUAAUGUCACUCAAAGAAUUUCAGGACACAUUGGAUGAGUUGUUCUUGCUUAGCGGGGUAUUCAACAUAGGGGAUUGGAUACCAUGGCUUAAAUUUUUAGACUUGCAAGGGUAUGUAAAGCGAAUGAAGGCCUUAACGACAAAAUUGGACCGGUUUUAUGAGUUCGUGCUCGAUGAACACAAGACAAAGAAGGAAGGAGUGGAGGAAUUUGUGUCAGAGGAUAUGGUGGAUUUACUGUUGCGGCUGGUUGAUGACCCUAAUGAUCUUGAAGUUAAGCUCACUUAUGACAGUGUCAAGGCUAUCACUCAGGACUCAGUAGCAGGAGGCACUGAUACUUCUGCAACCACUUUGGAGUGGGCAAUGUCUGAACUCAUAAAACAACCAAACCUCAUCAAAAAGGCAACACAGGAGCUUGACAGAGUGAUUGGGAGAGAGAGAUGGGUAGAAGAGAAAGACCUCGAAAACCUUCCGUAUAUAGAUGCAAUUAUGAAAGAGACCAUGAGGAAGCACCCUGUAGUGGCAAUGCUACCACCACAUCUAGCUCUUGAAGAUUGCAAUGUGGCAGGCUAUGAUAUUUGCAAAGGAACUCUAGUGUUUGUGAACACGUGGAGCAUGGGGAGAGACCCCACCCUGUGGGAUGCACCAGAUGAGUUUAGGCCUGAGAGGUUCUUAGGGAAGGCAAUUGAUGUGAAGGGACAGAGUUUUGAGUUCUUGCCAUUUGGCUCAGGAAGGAGGAUGUGCCCUGGUUAUAGUCUUGGACUGAAAGUGAUAAGGUCUUGCUUGGCCAACAUGUUGCAUGGGUUCAAUUGGAAAUUGUCUGAGAACGUGAAAAAAGAAGAUUUGGGCAUGGAGGAAGUUUAUGGAUUGUUAACACCUCGGAAGUUCCCACUUGUUGCCGUAGUUGAACCUCGGCUACCAAUCCAUCUUUACUAG